AUGCCAUUUUAUAUAAAUAAAAAUAUAAACCUUUUUAAUGUCUAUAAAUUAUUUCAUAACAAAAAAAAAAAAAGUUGGAUGAUAAUGAUUCCUCCUAUUAAAGAUAGAAAUAAUUAUAAUAGAAACGUCUCCUGGAGUCCUGAAAAAAAGUGUACGAAUCAAAUUAAAAAAGAAAUUAUACAUGAUGAAAAUAAGAUAGAUCAUAAUAAUAAUAUGGAUGAUAUAUCUUAUAAGAAUAGUAAUAAUGAAAAUGUUCCUAAUCAUAACAUUACUCAUUUUAAUAAUAACAUAAUAUGUAAUCAUUCUAGUACCAAAAAUUAUAAAAGAAUAUUAUUAAUAGAAAAAUAUACAAAAUAUGAUAACUUAAAAAAGCUAGGAUAUAGGGGUGAUGGUACGUAUCUCGAAUCUGCUCACAUUAUAGCGAACAAGUACUCGAUCGACAAAAAUGCACGAAGAGAAAACAAAAGAAUUGAACUAGUAGGAAUAAAUAGUGACCCUAGAGGUUCUGAAGGCAAAUUAUGUUUGGACUAUUUUAUAGAAAAUAAUGAGAAUGACAUGGAUUGUUCAUAUGAAUCAUUUGAAGAAUUUGAAAAACUAUACAAUAAGAGAAGUAAGAAGAAGCAUUUUAUUUUUACAGAUGUAAAUAAUUUUAUAGAUUAUUUAAAAAAAAAUGGAGAUAAAAAGAACAAAAUAGAUAUGAAGACUGUGUUGGAUAUAAAUAGAUGUAUGGAUACAGAUCCUUGUGAUGAUAUAAGUUCUUGUGAAAAUAUAGAUAAUAAAGAAAUUUCGUCACAGGUGGAAUUAUGUUCAUUUAGAAAAAUAAAUACCAUAGAAGAUAUUGUAAGAAAUAAUAGUUUGAGCUAUAAUGGAUUGGAAGAUGAAGAAGACAAUUGUAAAAAUGGAUAUGAUAAGGAGGUUGAUGUGUAUAAUAAAACUAAAGAUAUGGACCAACAUAAUAAUAAUAAUAAUAUUAGUAGUCGUAGUAGUAGUCGUAGUAGUUGUAGUAGUAUACAUAAUAAUAAGAUUAAGAAUAUGGAAGAUCAUGGUAUAUUAUCUUAUAAUACCUACAUUAAAAAUAAGGAUAAUUUAAUUAUUAGCAUAAAAGAAUAUAUAAAUAACACACUACGUAAUUUUUUUGAAUGUAAUAAACAUCAAAAAGUAUAUAGAAAAUAUAUAACGGUUGUUAUUAAGAAAUCGAAUGAAGGUGAAAUAAGAACAUAUAAAAGUAUAAAUGAAGUAUAUAUUUAUGAAGCUAUAAAAAAUAAUAUAUGUACAUAUAUAAAUAUAGAUAAUAAAGUUGUAAAGAAAUUAAAAAGUACAGCUUUAUUAAUUACUAGUGGGACCGGUUCCACUGCGUGGGCUUAUAAUAUAAAUAAAAUUGAUAAGAAAAAAAUGAAAUAUAUUAUUGAUGAAUAUAUAAAUAUACAAAACGAUACAAUAAAACAAAAUAUAAAAAAUAUAAAUCUAGAUCUAUUUUCAGAAUAUAUUAAUAAUUCUAUAUGCUUCAAUCCAAAUAGUAUAUAUAUGAAAUGUAUUGUUAAAGAACCUGUUGAAAAUAGUGUAUACGAUUCAACAGAUCAUAUAUAUAAUUGUAGGUAUAUUGAUAUAAAAACAUGUACAAAUAAUACAAUUGUUUAUAUAGAUGGAAUAUACAACAUUAAAAUACAACCAAAUGAUUCUAUUAUUCUCCACAUAAAGGAUGACGACCAUAUAGUAACAUAUAAAUGA